GCGGCGCGCAUCAACGCCAGCCGCGCCACGCUGCCCUGCGCCGUGCUCGCCUACGGCGGCCGCUACACGCUGCGCCUCGACCCCCCGCAGCAGCUGCCGGAUCGCUCGCUCGACGUGCGGUGGCCGCGGCCCGAGCUGGCCCUGGAGCCGUCGCACAUCCAGACGUUCCCCUCGCAGCCCGUGUCGGCCGCACUGCAGUUCGCGCGCACCGCCUGCGCACCCGCCACCGGCUUCGACUUCCCUGACCUCUGGCUGCAGCUGCUCUUCUGCGGACACUCCAAGCAGAACUGCCACGUGGCCAACGUAACGCGCACACAGGUGCUGUUCCGGCGGCAGGUGAAGGGCUACCCCGAGCGCGUGCUGCUGACGCUGGCGUGCGACCUGUUCGGCAUCGCGGGCUACUACGCGCUCACACUCACCGAGGCCGCCAAGUCCGGCCUACAGCUCCUCGUUGGCGAUCCUGCUUACCUUAAGGCGGCGUGGAGCGACCAGUUCGUGUUCAACGUGCACGCGCGGAGCGUCUUCCCGUGCGAGGACGGCGUGUCGGUGCUGUUCCAGUACCCGGAGUGCAUCCUCGCGUCGGCGGACCGCAUCCGCGUGUUCGCGCGGCUGCGCGCGGACGUAGCGUCUGUGGCGCCGCCGUCUACGCUGGUGUACGCGGCCGAGGCGCGCGUGACGCGCGGCCAGCACGCGCUGCGCUUCCCCUGCUCCGUCUUCUCUGAGCGCUACGUGGAGUACUGCUUCGUCUACGUCAGCCAGGCCGUCACCGGCGCCGUCUCCGACCUGCGCGUCGACUGCGUGCCCACGAUGCCCGUGUCUGAGGGCGAGGCCGGCAACUGGGGAGCGUGGAGCGCAUGGUCAGCCUGCUCCGCGACGUGCGCCGGCUCGCGCAACCGCUACCGCAUCUGUGACAACCCGCCGCCCAGAUACGGCGCCAAGUUCUGCCAGGGCCGCGGCUACGAGUCGGAGCCGUGCGGCGCGGAGGACUGCGCGGACGGCGCGGUCGUGCCGGGCCCGGGCUGCCGCUGCGGCGGCUGCCAGCUGCGCGUGCGCGACGGCGCCACCGCCACACUCGCCGCCUCCUCUACCAGCUGCCCUGGCCGCAGUCUCUGGCUGCUGCAGGCGGACGACGGCUGGGUGCUGAAGCUGACGUUCGAGCACGUGGUGCUGCCGUGCGGCUCGCACUGGCUCAAGGUGCGCGACGGCGAUUCGCUGUCGGCGACGCUGCUGGCGCAGCUGAGCGGCCGCCCGCACGUACCGCUGACCGUCAUCUCGGAGGGGCCCUUCCUGCUCAUCGAGUUCUUCUCCGACGUGCCGCUCGCCGUGCUGGGCUGCAGCGGCAGCUUCGUCGCUCGCGCCACUCCCCUCUCUUCCGGGAACGAGACGGACGUCGCCGUGGCGGGAGCGGCGGCGUCGCAGGCGGCUGCUGCGGGGUCGGCGGGAGAAGCGGGCGCGGGGGCGGCGGGGGCGGCGCUGGCGGGCCGCGUGGGCGCGCUGGUGGUGGGCGCGCUGACGCUGGCGGCGGGGCUGGCGCUGGGCGCGCAGUACGUGCUGCGCUACCGCCAGUACCGGCUGGCCGUGCAGCGGAAGCCCGCCUCGGCCUGCUCGCUGCUCGGCUCCACGCUGACGCUGUUGUCGGACGUGGUGUCGCUGCGCCGCUCGCACCGCCGCCUGCCCGACUGCGAGCCCGACGACGAUCACACCGACAAUGAAUACGAAGUAAUUGAACCACUGCAGCCUGACGUUAAAGACUUUAAAACUGCUUCUGUGAAGAGCUGUGGAAGCAGCGAGAAAGCGGAAAAGAAUUCCAGAUCAUCGGCUGAAGUUGUUGUCGUCAAGCCAACAUCGUCAAGAGCGAGUGGACCUCCAGUCACGAGCGCAGCUUCCUCUAAUGGACUCAGCUCGAACAACAGCGACAAGUUAACCAGCGAACGGAGAAACCAGCGGAAACGUCUCGACACCGACGUGACUGCAGCCCGAAGUGCACCAGCAAGGAUACCUGUGGCCACCGCCGAGGAUUCUCUGUCCCAGUCCGAAGAGAUCGUGAGCUCUCCCAAGGCACGGAAAGACCUGACUAACCGUGAAUGUCAGCUCGCUGGAUCAGAGUUCAGUCUGUCCGGGCCAGACCACGACCUGGAGCUGGACUACUACGACUACAACGUCACAAACGCUGGAGGCAUUCCAGGCUCCCUCCUGGGCAUGGACCCCGCCUACCUACUGUGGAUACCACCUUUCGCUCCAGGAUGUUGGGAGGAGGAAGGUGACAAUUUACUUUCAUACAGUAAUCAGCCAGAGCUUCAAUCACAGCAUGAGCUGCAUGUGUUCCCACUCAAAGGAGAGUACUACACACAAGUACCUCCAUCAGUGUGCAAGGAUCAGCAGGUUAAGGAUGAAGUGACAACAUUUUGUUCAACAGAUGUAGACAAACUCAUGGACAACAAGACUGCAUCUACAGGCAACAUCAGUACUAAAGAUCAAAAAACAGACACAAAUAAUGCCGCUAAUACUAUUAGACUUUCAGACAGUAUGUCAAAGUUAAUAGGUCCCUUGCAUCAUCAGGAGUAUAGCAAAGUUGGAAGUCUUGGUCAUGUCAUGAAUGUCAGAUCCAAAGAGGAUGUAAUGUUGAAGGAAUUUUCCAAGAAAUCUGAGUCACCAGUCAAAGUGCAUCAAAUAUGUAGUGUCAACAGUAAGGAAAGCACACUGAAAAAGCUUUCUUCUGCACAUGCAGAUAUACUAGACAAUAUUCAGUUUGCAGAUGAAGAUGAAGAAGAUGAAAGUAAAUGUGAUUCCCUGAUUAUAUGAUAAGUGUAUUGUUCAUGGAGAUGUUACCAAAGUGUCCUAUUUUAGGUAAAGUGACCCAGUAAGUAGAGUUGCUUGUUUUACAAAUAUUUUUCUUGGAAACAGAUGAACCACAAUAUACAUCUUGUUGUUAUAUUCAUAUCUCAAGGACAAAACCAGUAUCAAUAAAUCAGACAAAUGUAAAUGUUUCAUUGGUAAGCACCAUAUUGCAGAUAAUUUCCGGUAAUGAGAAACUGCUGGAGAAAAUAAAAUCUGAAAGAUAAUUUCCUUUGCAUUUGCCCCUAAUUCUGUUUCUCAAUUGCAAGCCACAUUCAAUGAGGUUUUUAUUUCUUUAUUUCUUUUUUUUUUACUAACUGACUGAUGGAAAUGUUCAAAUAUUGGACACUGUUCUGAUUAUUAAUCUUCUACCUCACAGCUAUAGAUAAACACAUGUUGAGUUUCAUAUAAAUGUUGCUGAAAGUUUAAAUAUAUAGGUGUUGGAGCAUUAUGACAAUAGUGACCAGAUCCAUCUACUGUUUUUUUUCAUCCUACACCACUAUGUAUAAAACUUUUCCAUUUCCUUUAUUUCCGCUAGUUCAUGACAAAUUCUCUAUUGCUCGCUGAAAAAUGAAUGCAGCCUUUGGUGAAACUAGCUGAAUGUUACGAUCAGGAGAGAUCCUGCAUGAGCUAAUACAGUUUCAACAAUAAAGUGAUGUGUAUCCAUGGUCUAACUUACCUGUAUGCCUUAGAGACCAGUUAUUGUAGGUCUUAUAAGACAAUAACUGUGUUGCGUGAUAUGAAACAGACAUAAUUAGGCUCAUGCUGUUGCUGGUGUUGAAAGGCAUACACAAUUAUGCUACUAUAAGAUUGUCACACUUCAGCAGUCAUAAAGUAGAGAGACUGUUAACUUUGAAUUUACGUUUGCAGUUUUGGAUUUAUUCAUCUGUUGGAAAAGAAAAAAAAACACACACACACUAUCAUUAGUCCAAUUAUUUGCAUUUACUCAAUGGAGACUUAUUACUUGUCCAAAAUCAACUAUGGCAGCAGGGAAGGUAAUUUAUAAAUGUAAUAAGAAAUCACUGCAAAGAGAAUUAUAUUAAUAUCAAUAUAGUGUUGUAUGGUUAUAUGUCUUGUUACAGAAUUAUAAAUAGCCAAACAUAUGAUGAACAGAAACUGAUACUAUGAACUUCUUCCAUGUAUGUUGAGGCUAAUGGUUUCUCAAUGAAGAGCAUGGUGUGUUUUGUAUUAAUAAUCUUGUAAAAUGCCUGAAUGCCUAAAUCAUGUUUAUUCCUGGAUUUUCUCUUUUUUGUAUUCAACAGUUUGUUUUUUAAACAUUUAUUGUUACUGUUUUUGUAACUGUAUUAGGUAUGCUUAGACAUAAGUAGGGUGAGAAGCACAAAGAUUAAGGAAUAAUAGAGAUGAACUUUGCUUGCAGAAAGAUGUAGAUAAAUCUUCUCUUUCUUGUUGAGGCAUCAGUUGCAGAGUUUUCUGGAAUUAACAGUGCCACAAACAAAUAUUUCUGCAGCUAUCAGAAUCUAAUUAUCAUACUGUUAUAAUGAAACCAUCAGUUUCACAAAAACAGAUAAUUACUGGUACAUCAGUCAUAAUUCAUGCGACACUCACAAUUCUACGACUAAUUUUGGAGAUAUCUCAAGUUUUCAUUAUCAUGCUGUGCUCGUGAGGUAGAUAUUUGUGAAUGUUAUAUUUUCAGCAUAAAACAACAGUGACUGAAAACCAGGAGCUGUGUCUUAUGGUAGCUAAUUCCAGUUUUUGUAAAUCAUCUUACCUCAGGGAAUGCUGAUUAACUGCCAUACUGUGGUUUUCAUAUGACUCUGGCACACAAAAAUUUUGUCUUAAAGUUUUACUUCCACACUCUUCUUGUGAAGCCUGAUGGUGAGUAGUUGCAUAAUAAGUCAGUUACAUGGCUGUUUAUGUGUAACCGGUCUGAAUGGGAUCCUCUGCCACCAGUAGUCCUCAUUAAGGUUAUCUAUUUAACAGUAUAUCAUUAUAAUCCCAUGCAAUGCAAAGAACUGAUGUACAGUGCUGAAGUAUUAAAAUAAUUGUACCAGUAAGAACUUCUUGCUUUUAAGUAUAAAUGUAUUCUCAUGCAAACAAUCUGUGUAUAAAGAAAAAGCAUUCCUUAUUGUAUCAUGUCUUGUGGGAGAAUAUGGAUUGAAAUAAGGAGUCAAUUAUUUUUAACAUAAAGCAAGCUCAUCACAUUUGUCCACUGUGUGCUGAACUAUGAUCCCAAAAGAAAAGAGAAUUUACUGCUCAAUGACUAAAAGUACUCUUUCAAGUUUGCAGAAGGAACAAAGUAUUUUCUCAUCAAGAAAAACUUCAGCUGAAAGAGUACACAUUUUUAUGUACUCCGUCAACAUUAUACUUAAAUGACCCAUGGAAUCUAUGCAGUUCUGUUGCUGAUUUCUUACAAAAAAUAUUUGUAAGAAGCAUUAAACACUAGCCAGGCAUAUAUCAUGAAUAAAAUUAGUCAACAUAGUAAUAUAUUUAUGUUGCUUCAGUGUCUAUUUAAAAUAUGAAAUGCACAGUAAUCCAAAAUUCAUUAUUUUUCAGCUACAUGCAGUUAGUGAAUGACAUACCAUUCAGUAGCCUAGGCCUGUUGGUAAUAGUUAACGGGUACCUGUAUGAGAUAUGAAUUUGCAUUUCAGUAAAUAUAAUUCAAAGAGACAAUAGUAGCAGCAUAAAAAUUACAGAUAAAUUGUUGUUCCUAAAUGUAUCAAAAUGUAUCAUGCAAAAAAAUUAUUUAGUGAACUGUUUUACAGCCAGUGGUUGCUUAAAAGAUGCAGAGGCAAUUACAUUUUGAUUGUGGCUAUUGUGUGGAAAAUUUAAAAAUACUGAUCGGUUGUUUGUUAAAUAUUGGAUGAAAUAGAUAUAUUUUUAAGAGACAUAUGAUGUGGCCUUUUGUACAGACAUAGUCUGGUUUCAGAGUAGAUAGUAUUCUCAUACAAUGCCUCUGAUAUUACCAUGUGUGGAAAUUUAAAGCUUUCCAAAUAUUUCAGCUCAAGCAAAAUAAAAUUUUAUUGAGUAUUGUAAGCUCACACUUACAUAUCACGUGCAACUAUAAAACAAAAUUGAAAUAGUGUUUACCAAGGAUUAUGCUGAUGGUAUCUCACUCUUGUUGUGACUCUGAAGUAUAUUGCGUAUGGAUUUCAGUUUUCUCCAAUCAUAUUUGGAUAAUGGAUGGAUGAUCCUCAUUAUUUAGUGCCACAAUGCUAUGGGAGUUAUAUUCUCCUUUGAUAUUGUAAACAGCAGCACUCAUGGUUUUUAUGUGAUAACUAUUUAAAUUUAUUAAACAGUUUUCUGUUUUGAAUCUCACUAGGACACAGAUAUACUGAAGGUAUCAAUGAAUGAAAUUGUGAAUGACACCUUCUGAACAGCACAGUCUCAUGAGCAAAUGUUUUAAUGGGUGGAAGCAAUAUUUAUUUCAUUUUAUGGUAUCAUUGUAUUAAAUUCUCUCCAGAAAAUUUCUCAUUCUUUUUUUUUGGUAUCCUUUAUUCAGCAACAGUUUUGAAAAUUUCUAAGACAGUUCAAAUGUAUCUGUGAAUUAACCAAACAUCAGUAGUGUAUAAUUCAUUAAGGAUGAUAAGAUGAAUGACAAAGUACUGGAAACAUGAGAUAUUAUGUACUGAAAGUUCUUUAAGUAAAAUAACUGAAUUAAAUGUCCAACAUCAACCUCUCAAAUUCCAGCAAUAUUAAAGAAAUGUAAAUUUGUUCUCUUCUGGAAAUAUAUACUUUCUGUCAAAACUUACGCAGAAUAAAAGAUUGUUAUGCAAGCUCACUAAGUAACUGAAUAACAAUCUUUCAGGUUCAACUUGUGUUUGAAAAACGUUUAUAAUGAUCAUUGUAGUUUACAAAAAUGACUAAUCUUAGCAAAACCUGAAACUGUUGUAGUCAUAUCAACAUUUCCUGGAAGUAUACAAAUUAUUUUUAUGUAAAAUGUUAAUAGUAUUUAUGUUUGUUACCAAAUGUAUGCAUGUUGACAAGAUGAUUUAUGUAUCUUUUAUGUACAUAAAAAUCACCUAAUUUUACAAUAGUAUUUCAGGUUUACAGUUAAUUUUUCAUGUUGUUGAAAUUCCUUGUGGAAUGGAAAAUUAUAACCAAAGUUAACUGAACAAUGUCUGGGCACAGUGCAAUUGAUCAGUGACUGUGGUAUUAUUAAAGAAGUCUGCAUUUAGAUUAGUUACAUCCAGUGUCACAUUUUUUUAUUGCUGUGAUUUGCACUCUAUGUUCUGUUAAUAGACAUUAUCAUAAAUAUGUAAUGUUUCUUAAUUGUGAACAAUGAUUUCAUAAUUUAUAAUUCAGCUGAUUUGUGAAAUACCAAAGACCAACAUAAGUAAUAUUAUUGCUUAA